CAUGACGUCGCUGUUAUUGAACUCAAAACUCCACUGAAGUUCUCGAAAAAAAUUCAACCUAUCAAACUACCCACGGAACCAGUGACGAACUCUAAAUGGGUAUUCGUGGCUAGAGGAAGUACUGAGGAUGCAUACGUAGCAGUUAAUUUGCAGAAGGUUGAUCUCAUUAGAUAUCCAAUAGAUCAGUGCUACAUACCAUUAUCGACACGAACUUUGCUGGACAAAGAUCUUUUUAAGAAAAUAACCAUCUGCGCAACUAGAGAAGGGGACAGGGCUAGUAUUUGUGCAGGUGAUUCGGGAAGUCCUCUAAUAAGUGGCAAAACUAUAGUAGGCAUUGCUUCAUACAUGAAAAAUGAACCGUGCUAUGAAGCUCGUAUAGGGUACUACGUGAACGUGUCCUACUAUGUCCCUUGGAUUAAAAAUGUUACUGGUCUUUAUUUUUAAAUAAUAUUUCUUCAAUUUUCAUAUUACAUACUGCAUAUAUAAUCCAAUGAUCAACACGUUGGCGCUAUUUGUUUGACCUUGGCAUUCGAAGUCCAGGCGUGUUAUGUAUUAAUUUAUUUAUUGUUAGUUAUUCAAUAAUUAAACAUCAAACGUGUAUAAAGCAUU